UGGUUUCCUUACAACAAAUUAAAUUAAGGUUGUUUGUUCUUUUCUCUUAAUUAUUCUAUUGAUUGUGUAAGAAAUGGCUCAGAUUGAUAUGAUCAGUGUAAAGACAGAGAUCAAAUCUGCCCCUUCGAAGAUCUAUAAUUUCAAUAAGUAUAACAUGUCCCAAUAUGUUAAUCUGAAUCCUCAGAUUGUGAAGAAAGUUGAGGUUAUUGAAGGAGAGGAAGGCAAGAUUGGAAAUGUCAAGUUAAUCGAAUAUGUUAUCGGUAAGCCGAUGAGCUUGAAGAUGAAAGUUGUUGAACUCGACGACGAGGAGAAGUCAAUAACCUUUGAUGUCUUGGAGGGCGAUCUCCUGCAAAUGUAUUCGAGUUUCAAGGUGAGAGUGAGCGCGAGCGAAGGGUGCGCGACGUGGAGCAUCGAGUUCGAAAAACUUAAUGAGGCAGUCCCAAAUCCCGACAUUUACACCAAGGUUGCAGAUGGCCUUACCAAAUUAUUGGAUGCUUAUCUUCUCACCCAUUAAUGGUGCAUGUUGUGUGUAUCUAUGGCUCCAAAUUAUAAUCUAGACAUCUCUAUGCAUGGAAUAUGAAGUUCUGUAACCAUACAUAUAUAUAUAUAUAUAUUUUAAUUUGCGUAUGUGUGUAAUAUGUAAUAAGGCCAGCUACUUGUCUGAAUUGCCAAACUUGUGUGUAAUGUAAAAUGGGAUUGUUCUAUUUGGA